CGUGCCGUAGUGGUCCUAACACUAACAGGACCUUGCCAGCAAGGGACCCCUGGAAUCCGUUCGUUACACGGCCGAAUUCGCCGCGCGGAUCCAUCGAGCGGCCACCGUGUUUCCAAUCACGUCAGCUGAUCAGUGUUUCCGUCGGUGCGACGUAAACGCCAGGAGCAAUUACCGUCUGCCAGUGUAAAUACUCGAGUGUCUGGUGUUUUUCCCAAGGGUCCAGUUCUCUCGGUGGGAUUCUUUGUCCUGUGCGCUGGCUGGCGAACGACGUACACGCGGAACAAACACCAUCGAGACUAAAUUACGCCUGGGAAAUUCUGAAGAUAUCGGCGAGAGAUCGCCGGAGUGAUUUGGAGUGAUAUUAUCGACGGACUGUGUUCGCGUAGGGACUGAAGGACUCUCGGGACAGACUCAUGUCGAUCGUGUUUAAUUAAAUCUCCAUGCUCCAAACCGUUAACGAUUACUUAAAGUUGAGAGAAGAUUGUUCAAGUUUCUGACAAUUGACAGUCGAGUCGAAGACAAGAGCGAUCGCGAAGAAUUGAUCUCGAUCGAUGAUGGAUGUAAAAUUUGUGUAGAACAACGAAAGCCUCGACUCUCGCUUUCCGACGGCACCUGCAUCGAAUAGCCCUGUAAAACUGACUCGAGAGUCAGUUACGUGGCGAUUUACCUUGACUUGUUAUCAUUGUUUGCCAAUGAACAUGAUUAACUUUUGCGUCGAUACCGUGAGUAGACUCUAACUUGUCGGUGAAAUGAAGGCCGAGGUUCGUAAAAUGUAAACAAAGAACAUUGCUGGUCAUCGACGCAAGCAGUUAUCCGAUAGGAAUUUUCACAUGAUCGAUCAACUCAUUGAACUGACUGGAUAUAAAAAGACUGUCCUCCUCGUUCAUCGGUUCCGAUGAGUAUAGGGUAAGAGAUACCCAAAGAACGACGGAAGCCAGGAAAAGGAUACAUAAAUGCAAUAGAAGCGAGGUCUCUCCGUCGGAGAGAAAUUCAGUCGUCAAGUUGGUACCAAACAUGGUCCUGGAACCAGGAGGUGAUCUGUCCUUCCCAUUGCCUCCUGCCAGCGGUUCCACUGGUUCCGGUGGUUCCCUUCUGACGCCUGCCAGGCUGAUCCAGAGGGCGACACCCGUGUUUCCGUAUCAUCUAGCAGGAUGGCCACCGCAUCACCCUGUCCUCGGACAGGUUCAAAGUCAGGUUCAAACUAUGCAGGUCUACAAUCAGGCUGCCUCAGCUGCUGUCAUGUUCUUCAGUCAUCAUCAUUCUCAUCAUCCGCGUCCGGCACUAGGGAACCCCCUGGUGCCGGCGAUAACUAGCCACCGUCCGGACGCCCAUCAUUUCCAUCAUGCUACCGAUCACGGCGACGACGAUGACGAGAAGAAAGGCUGCGACGUGGAAUCGGACGACGGUAGAAACAAGAGGCGAAGGAGCAGGACCAACUUUAAUAGCUGGCAAUUGGAGGAACUGGAACGGGCAUUUCUCGCGAGUCAUUAUCCCGACGUCUUUAUGCGAGACGCAUUGGCUGUGAGACUCGAGCUAAAAGAGAGCCGCGUCGCUGUGUGGUUUCAGAACCGAAGAGCAAAAUGGAGGAAGAAGGAGCACACGAAGAAGGGUCCAGGUAGGCCUGCGCAUAAUGCUCAUCCCCAGAGCUGCAGCGGAGAACCAAUCCCACCUGAAGAACUGAGGAGAAAGGAGCAGGAAAGGCGGCAAAAGAAACUGCUGAAAGCUCUUGAGCGACAGCAGAGGAAAUUAGCUGCAAAGGGAAUCACCGUCGACCUGUCGACACUACGAGCUGAGUGGGAAUCCCGAAGCGCAGCAGCGUCCGGCGGGAAUCCCUUGAACGGUACCUUGGGAGGUUCCUUUAGCCACUUGAGCAACAACAACGAAAGCAGUAGCGUAUCAGGCUCCGGGAACGACGCCAACGAGGAGAUCGACGUCGUGGGUGGGCUGGAUUCGUGCAGCGAAAGCGGUAGCGAGAGGGUGGACUCUGCUGCUGACGGUUCAAUCGACGGAGAGUGCUACCCUAGGCUAACUGCCAACGGCAGCGAGCGAAACGAUCCACGGAGAAGCGUGAACCAGGUCGCCGGCAACCUCCAGAACCCUAACUCGAGCCUGAGCCUGGAUCACCUGAACCACCAGCAGGGCAUCCGUCAUUGGGGACUGAGUCUCCUGGAGAGAAGAAGGGAGCUGGUGAACAUCAACAACGCGGGUGGCGCGUGUCAGACUACCAACAGCUGCAACCCCGACAGAAUACCGGUCAGGCAGCAAAUCAGCGAGGACGAGGUUCAGAGCAGUAGCAUAGACCUGUCCGUGAAGGGCAGGGAGGAGAGGAAGAGACAGAAUCCGUUCUCCAUCGACAGUCUACUAGGUAAUAACAGAACCAGCACCCCGGACAUCCAGAACGAAUACAGAACCUCGACGCCCACGCUUUCGAACGGGAUAGAGUCCAGUAGUCCCACGUCGCCUAUCUCGGUGCCCACUUCGCCCUCCACGACGUAGUAAUCCAAGAGGUCGAUUACUUUCGCCCGAGUUCGACUCCGAUCACCGUGGACGAAGUUCGGGCGUUCGAUCGACAACGAAGUGAUUGGGCCAGUCACGAACACUAUCGAGAACAACGAGACGGGUGAAAAGACCUGGGCUGAUUUCAAUCGAAACGAAUAUAAGAAAUGACUGAGAUUAUUUAUUUCGAACCGUUAUUUUGAAUAUGGUUAUUUCAAAGGAAAAAUAAUAGCGAUUUAUUUGAAAUAUUAGGUCAUCCAAGAAGUUUGUUUUGCAGGUUGUUACGCUUUUCCAUAAUAUUUAAAGGUAUACUAAACAUAUCAAUUCUAAUAGCAGAACGAUAAGUGACACGAACUUUUGGGAUGAAGUAAUAACAGCUACUAUUAAAAAGGACGAAUUAUUUGGUUAUUUUUUUAUUUCACAUUUAACGAAAGAAAUAAUCCUAAAACAAUAUUAUUAUUAUUCAAAAGGUUCUUGCGUGUUAAAAUUUAGGAAAACGUCUCUUAUUGUCGAAUAACUUUUAACAUGGAAAAAUCGGUUCUUUUAUCAUGCAAAAAUGGCGAUACAUUUAUUUCUUCUUAAGCGUAGAUUACAAACAUGUGCUUGUGAUUUCACCUGAUACAAUUUUAAACAAUUUCACAAUUAUUUCAAAUAAUUAUUAAAUAAAAUACUAUAUCACUUGGCAUAGUAUUUCAAAUAAUUAUAAAAUGAAACGAUAUAUUAUUUGACGUAGUAUCGAAAUUACUUAUAAACUAAAAUAAUACGUCAUUCGACAAAUAAUUUCAAAUAAUGUUAUUUCGAAAGCGAUCACAGAUAUGAAAAUAAUUAAAAAAUAAAAUAAUGUCCUAUUUGAAAUAAUAUUUAAUAGUAUUUCAAAUAAGAUCAUUUCAAAAGUGCCCAGGUCUGCGGAUGUCGAGGAGAUAAUUUAGGGUAGCAACGUAGUAUCGGAGUUGGAGUGUUUCCACGUAGUUUGCUGACACUUGGUAAACCGGGAUCUUGUUCUUCGCGAAAACUGAGAGCUGCGAAUUCGCGUCGAUCGGCGAAAAGUGACGUUCGAUGGGUUCGCGAUUACGGUUAGCUGUUAGGCGUUUAGUUGCUCGCGAGAGAGGUAUUCUUCUUCCGACGAAUGGCAACGAAGAGGACGAAUGUCGCGUGUGUGUUCGAUUUUCGAGUUCGAGGUUGCGUUUAUCAUCGAACACAACUGAUUACCUCGUUGGAGAAGACCUCGCGAUAGGUCGAGUGGCUCUAGGUAGAGGAGAAAGGCGACGAAUUCGCUGACUGAAUAAAGGAAGGCUUAUAUCAGUUUCGACAUAUCUGCAUCGAGUGCGUGAGCGAUGAUGAGUCUGUCCUUGCGUGUUCGAUUCCCUUCUUUACCCCGAUAGAAACGAGAAUGUGCAAUAAACGCGGACGGUUUUUUUCGUUCGCCGUACGCAAACGUAUAUGUAGCAUCCGGCGAUCGGAUCUGGAACGUUUCGUUAGAUAUGGAGAACGGUUGAGCGUGCGAGCGUCUGAUACAUGUGCGAAUGAGUGCGAAUGAGUGCGAGAACGACAGACUGCGCGUGUAUUUAAUGUAAAUAGCUCGAAGUGUGGACGAUACGUUUUAUUUAAUUCACGUAGCCGAUACCCCAGUGUUCGUCGAAUCGCGGAUAUUAUUUAAAGCAAUAGAAAACUUCGCCUGGCGCACGUGUAUAUAGAUUUAAAGGUCUAGGCAGAGCGGUAAGCUGAGAAUAAAGACGCGGUACAAAAUUGAGCCGAGAUCUCCUCCUUUCGUGUUCCGUGGACGUGCAUUUGCGAGGAACGAGAUCUAUAUAGGCCGAUGAGGAAGAGAGAGCGAGGGGAUGUUAUGAGAUGCCAUAAAAUCUGGGAUGCGAGACAGUAUCUACCGUAUAUUCAUUUCAAAUAUAUUAAUUUAUUC